AGGUAGGGACUAUGACGUAAUUUGGAACACAAAACAGUUAAACUUCCUCUAUCCCACUUUAUAUAUUGGUUCUGUAAUCGGGAGAGAGGGUUUGUGGUUAAACUGGCGGCGGACAGAACGAGAAAUGGUUUCGUGGAUUAUAUCCAGAGUUGUUGUGCUUCUUUUUGGCACACUAUAUCCAGCAUAUUACUCCUACAAAGCAGUCAGGACCAAGUGUGUAAAAGAAUACGUACGGUGGAUGAUGUAUUGGAUAGUAUUUGCUCUUUAUACUGCAGCAGAGACAAUUGCAGACCUCUCUAUAGCAUGGUUUCCGUUGUACUAUGAAUUAAAAAUGUGUGUGGUGAUCUGGUUGGUGUCGCCCUACACCCGAGGAGCCAGUUUAAUCUUCAGGAAGUUCCUGCACCCGCUGCUGGCGUCAAGAGAGAGGGAGAUAGAUGAUUACAUCGUUCAGGCCAAAGAGAAGAGUUAUGAGACCAUGGUAAACUUGGGAAGGCAAAGCCUUAGCGUCGCUGCUUCAGUUGCAGUCACUGCUGCCGUCAAGGGACAAGGUGCCAUCAGUGAGCGUCUCAGAAGCUUUAGUAUUCCUGACCUCACCCAGGUUCCCUCCAGCCAAUCAGCAUUCGGAAAAUCGGCACAGCUGACCAUUGCACAGGGCACUGAGCACGGACAUGAAGGGCACGGGGAGGAAGUCGAUGGAAUGUUUUCAGAGGACGAGUCAUCGUCUUCAAAGGGUCUGCGCAGAACUCAGAGUGUGAAGAUGAGUCGUGCCAAGGUUAUACGCAAAGAGUCUCGUUACAGCUCCCUGAAAAUGAAAACCAGAAGGAGGCCAGCGAUUGCUGCAAACACAUUUGAUCAGCCGUGAUCAACAGGAAACACACCAGAACACAGCUUGGACCAUCCCCAUUAGGCAUACCACAAAAACUUUGUAUGGACAAGCCCAUACUCCUGACACUUUCGCAUUAAAAUAGAAAUUUCUACCGGGUCCUUAUUUGUCCCCAAGAAAACUUCCAUGAAAAGACCUCAUGCGCCAGCAAAACGAACGAUUUAUUCCAUAAUACCCACCGAACAACAACGACACUGCCAAGACAUCUCACACCACAUAAUUGAUGAGACCCGAUCAUAAUGCAGCACACAACGUCUAUAUGCCCAUGUCUAGUUCAUAAUACAUGUUUGGAGACUAUGCAAAAACACACCACAAAAUCUGUAUCAACAGGUCAUCAUUCUGUAACACACCACCGAGGACUGCGCUACUGAUUUAAUGGACUUGCUCAUUCGAAACAACACCUAAAGAUCCUUUAUGAACAAUUCACUAAUAUAAAGUAAUCAGGGUUUUGCCAGCUUCUGAGGAAUUCUGUCGUCUGUAACACCUUACAGGGAUCCUCUGUAUGAUCAUACCUAAUCAAUCAGUCUGGAGCACACAGAAAAGUCUUGGACAUAAGGACAAGUGAGAUGCACCUCCAAAAAUGAUCAGCACUAUGUUGUCUUAGUAUACACAGAGAUGGUAUUUUCAAAAGAUACCUACAGAACCUCUUAGAACAGUCAUGAUCAUUACAAAUUACACUAACCGGAAGCAUCGAUGUGGACAAACUGUCAUCGCAUAAUACAAAUCCAUAGAGCCUUAGUAAUGGAUUUGUCAUUACCUCAUACAAACAUAAUGGUCCUCUAUAUGACUUCAUCAUGUCGCAACACACCCCAUAUCCUUGUGAGACCAGGCUGUGAGAGUCUGCAAUAUACAUCCAGUGAGCUAAUAUACAAAUGGGCUGUCAUUUUAUAACAAACUUAAGGAUUUUUUUCAUCUAUUUUUUUCAAUUGGGCAUUGUCAUUCCAUAACCCAAGAAAUUUUUAUAUGACUGGGUUUUGUCACUUUCUAACUCACACCCAUCAAUUCCCUAGAUGAAGGGACUUCAUAAUUUGGCAACCUAUACGAAGUACCUCUUUAUUAAUAUAUAUCGACAUUCCACAACACCGAGGAUCUUCAAUAUUAAAGGAUUGUCAUUCUGUAAACACAUACCUAAGGACUUUCUAUAUGAACAGUCUUAUUCUGUAACACACCUAUAAGGACUGUACAUUUUGUAACAAGUCCAAGGAUCUCCAGUAUGAAGAAACAGUGUAACUACAUGAAUACACACCCGAGGAUUAUCUAUACAAAUCGGCUUCAUCAAUUUGUUGAACACUGAUCUGAGGAUUCUCUACUGAAAUGGGUUCAUUAUUAUGUAGCACUUUGACCUGAGGAUUCCUACCAUGAAUGGGCUUUAACACAUACAUCUGAGGAUCGUAUAUAUGAGGCUCUGUCAUUCCAUCACACACCUAAAGAUACUUUAGUGCUACGUCACUGAGUGUAUAUAUACUAUAUGAGUCAGAUUUCUCAUGCUGUAAGACGCCUAAGGAUCCUCUAUAUAAGUCGGCUUUGUCAUUCGGUAACGCACACCUGAGGAUCCUCGAUAUGAGUAGGAUUUGUCAUUCGGUAACACACACCUGAAGAUCCUCUAUAUGAGUAGGAUUUAUCAUUCGGUAACUCACACCUGAGGAUCCACUAUAUAAGUCGGCUUUGUCAUUCGGUAACACACACCUGAGGAUCCUCUAUAUGAGUGGGAUUUGACAUUCGGUAACGCACACCUGAGGAUUCUCUAUAUAAGUUUUGAUUUGUCAUUUGGCAACGCACACCUGAGGAUCCUCUAUAUGAGUAGAAUGUGUCAUUUGGUAACACAUACCUGAGGAUCCUCUAUAUGAGUGGGCUUCGUCAUUCAGUAACUCACACACGUGUGUAUCCUCUAUAUGAGUUGGAUUUGUCAUUCGGUAACACACACCUGAGCAUUGUCUAUAUGAGUGGGAUUCCGAAGGAGUGUUGAGAGACACUUGGUCGUCCCAUAACCCACUUUAAGGCCUCAAUACUAAACCUACCGCAAGUAUUUAGUUGCUUGUUUCUGUUGUUGUUUUUGCACCUUUAUAUUUCUGGAUAGACGAGGCUGCAUGAUGUAGUGCCCAGCUAAAGAAUUCAGAUCGAUACUGGCUGGAAUGCUGAAUUGGUUUAAGAUGACAUUUGUCAUAAACACACCAUGAAUGCAUGUGACGCUGACUGACAAUUUUCAUCUAUGCAGAAUUAUGUCUCUUAGGAGCAUUUUUUCCCAACCUAAGCACUUUCUUACCCAGAAGAAUAUAACGGGAAAGGUUGCAUCAUAGAUUUUAAACAGCUUUUACCUAUUAAAUUGUGUAUUGAGUCAGUAUCAGACACUGGCACAUAUUUAUGUCCUAUAUUUAGAUUAGAAAGCAAACUAUUUAAAAUUGCAUGCUUGCAUUUGACAUUUAAAUUCUUAAUGCAUUGAGACGGUAGGCAUCAUAACAUCAGUUAAUCAUUUUCAUUCAUGUGUCAUAAAUAUGAGUUCAUUUCUAACAGGAAAAGCAGUGAUAAUACUGUUCAGUACCAAAAGUGGCCUUUUAAUUCCUGAGUGAGGCUUUGAACAAGUUUCAGGUCUACAGCUUUACAUUAACAUUCCUUAUGAGCUAACAUUCAGCACUUCUCCAACACUGACCUACAGUACCUGUUCCUCCAGAAAGUGUGUGAGUGCUCUGUGGCUCGUUUACACAUUCUUUUUUUAUCUCGUGAUAGCGCUUUAUUUAGGGCAUGUACAGAUAAUUUAACUAGCAACACUUUACUAUUUUCAUUUCAAUAUUUCAUGUGAUUAAACAUGACUUUUAAUCUGAACUUGAAGGGUUAGGGUUAGCCAUAAACUGCUACAGUAUGAAACCGUUACAUUAAAUUUGUCUAGUGAUCCUUGAAUACGUUGCUGUAAACCGAAUGUACAGACUAAAUUCAUGCACAUUAUUUGCUCUGCUUGUGUUUUGUGGUCUCAUUUAAAUGUACUGGAUUGAACUGUAUUUAAUUAUUGCUUAUGUUCCCAGAUUGAGUCUUGGACUUUACUGCACAUUGAAAUCCCAUUCAAAUUCUGGAUUAGAACCAAUUAGUUCUGAAAAACAACUAAUUCGUUAUUUGUUUGCCUUAUUUGUAAAAAAGACCAAAAACAAUUUAAUGUUAAAAUGUUUUAUAAUAUAUAUGUAUAUAUAUUGCAACUGCAGUAUUUUGUUUUCUCGACUAAUAAAUGUGUAAGCGAACUUGAACUUUUUGUCCUAUUUUUGCUUAUUCACCAUCCACUCUUUAAAUGUUAGAAUGUCAAACAUUGAAAUUUGGCUUAGAUUCAGAUAUCUGCACAGUUGGACUGAGACACUUUCGAUUGAAUGCUUUUUGCUGUGUGAGUUUAAGCAGAGCAACUAAUGAGAGAAAACACUAACAUGAUACAGACUCCAAUGAGAGAAAGUUGGCCAGCUGGUUUGAAGGCCGUGAUGUAAUUCUGGAUCUACACUGAGCGAGCCCCACUGUCUCUGCAUCGUGUGUUAAAUAAAGAUUUAAAUGCUUCGA